AUGGCAAAAGGAAAGACUGCAAACAUCACCAUUUUCUUUGACUUCUUGAACUGUCUGAUGCCAAGAAGAAACUCAGUCCACAGAAGGUGGAGAAACUUCGGCACAAGAAGAAUCUCUCUGCAGAAUGUGGAGAAACUUCAGCACAAGAAGAAUCUCAGUCCACAGGAGAGGAACAUCAUGCAGAAGGUGGAGAAACUUCAGCACAAGAAGAAUCUCAGUCCACAGGAGAGGAAAAUCAUGCAGAAGGUGGAGAAACUUCAGCACAAGAAGAAUCUCAGUCCACAGGAGAGGAAAAUCAUGCAGAAGGUGGAGAAACUUCAGCACAAGAAUAAUCUCAGUCCACAGGAGAAGAAAAUCAUGCAGAAGGUGGAGAAACUUCAGCACAAGAAGAAUCUCAAUCCACAGGAGUGGAAAAUCAUGCAGAAGGUGGAGAAACUUCAGCACAAGAAGAAUCUCAGUCCACAGGAGAGGAAAAUCAUGCAGAAGGUGGAGAAACUUCAGCACAAGAAGAAUCUCAGUCCACAGGAGAGGAACAUCAUGCAGCAGGUGGAGAAACUUCAGCACAAGAAGAAUCUCAGUCCGCAGAAGGUGGAGAAACUUCAGCACAAGAAGAAUCUCAGUCCACAGGAGAGGAACAUCAUGCAGAAGGUGGAGAAACUUCAGCACAAGAAUUACGAUAAAUUGCCACAAAGUUCACGCAAGACCCCAACCAUCUCCUUUACUUUAAACAUUAUUAGUGGAGUAUCUUUAUAG